AUUCACACAGGUUUUGUGCUUUUCUGUUUACAUAAGGUCAUAAUUUCAGGGUACGAUUUGUCAAUUACAUUGUGACAUAGUCUUCUUUUCCAACGGCUCAAUACAGAUAGCAGGUCACAUUCGUGGAUGUAAAGCAAAUUAAACUGGACAUCACUAUGAUUGUGAUUCCUGUUCUUCUGCUGGUGUCGUUUAGUUCCAAAUCAUCUGGUCAAGCUAAUCAAUGGUCCAAUAUUGAAUCAUUGGGUUCAAAUGUUGAAACAGUUACUGGAUGGUCUGAGGUAGCACCUACACCUACCGUCGAUCCUAACACGUCCACUCCAGGUAGUACUAUUAGCUCUCAAUCACACACAGAACCUACAAUAAAACGGAAACAACACAAUAUGAGAGGAGCAGGUUUUAGUGCCAGUGGCAAGCAAACAUCUCUUUCUUUAGACAAGUCGAACACGCCAACAUUCAACUAUGUUGAAACAAGAAAUAAUCCAGUCGAAGCGACAAAUACAAAGUUAGAAAAACCUGCAAACGAAAUACCAGCUGUUCCUGUGCUGUACAAACCCGUAAAUGUUGAUGUUCUAGAUAGUAAUUCAAUGAAUACUCCAAUAGUGAUACCUGAUACUCAAAUAAUAGAACUUAAUCCUAAUUCACCCCAUGCUAUGCGUAUUUCGAAGGAAAACCAGUCUCGACUAUCAAAACAACCUAGUAUGUCUGCUGGUAUCGAAAUACCGAUGAGAAAUAUGGAAUCGAACACAGCAUACUUCCGCGCGAGCAGUUCAGGGUCAAGGGUUGAUUCCAAUGUAAAAACUGAUUAUAAAAAUAAUAUCAUUAUAAUGGAACCUGUUCCAAAAGAAAAUAUUGUAGCUGCUCAUGAUAAACCCUAUUCUGCUAAAUUAUCUGGUUUUAAGGAACCAAAGAGGACAGACCAAACGGACGCUAGUAAACCAGAACUGGUUAAUGUUCGUCAAGAAUACCUUAUUGAUGUAAAAAGAAUAAGCAAUGAAGUUCCACAAAUUCCUCGAACGCCAAAAGAAUCCAUAUUGACACCAACAGUUCAUAACAACCCUCAAGUGGUUGAAAUUCCUAUAGAUGGUACAAUGAAAUCAGAGGUAGGCAUUGCAACAACAUUAAAUACAGAAAAAUCAUUUGCCAGUCAAGCAGUAAGCUCAAAAACAAAUGAACCAUUAAAAGGAUCAGCAUUUGAGGAACCUGAAACAGGAAAAAUAGUGAAAACAAAUAUAGCAGCAAAUGUUCAGGGAAGAGAAAAUUCAGGGACUUUAGCAGAUUCAUCCAUUGUCGACUCUAAUAAGCCUUCGGGAUCAGAUAAUAAACCGAAAAUAGCCAAAGAUGUACCCACAUUUACUUAUAAAUUAGCUACGACAGUAUCUCAAACCAAUUCGAUCAAAGGAAAUAGUGUUGAAAAUAAAGGUAUAACAGAAGCAGUAGCCACUGGCGGUGAAACAGAUAGUACAUCUACCGGAACUAGUUCCAAAAAUAAUGGAUUCACAAAAACAACGAGCAGUGCAAGUACGGGAACCUCUGAAAUGAACAGUAAAACAGCAUUUGAAUUGCCUAUUGAAGGACCUGUGAAGGAUGCAAAAUUAGUCAAUGACGCUAAAGAAUCAUCUAAAACUUCUGAAACACACCUUGCAUACCCAUCUGAAACAAAUGAAACAAUCAGUGUACAUCAAUCAACAAGUGGAACAGUUUUAGAAGAACCUAAUGAAGAUACGACAUUAGUCAAAGACGUGAUACAUCAAUCUAAAACCUCUGAAACAAUCAAUGUACCUAAAUCAAGUGGACUUGUUUUAGAAGAACCUAGUAAAGAUACGACAGUGGUCAAUGAAGUUGUAGUACAAUCUAAAACACCUGAAACAAUCAGUGUACCUCAAUCAAGUGGAAUUGUUUUAGAAGAACCUUAUAAAGAUACGACAUUAGUCAAAGACGUGAUACAUCAAUCUAAAACCUCUGAAGCAAUCAGUGUACCUCAAUCAAGUGGAACUGUUUUAGAAGAACCUAGUAAAGAUACGACCGUAGUCAAUGACGUGAUAGAUCAAUCUAAAAUCUCCGAAAAAAUCAGUGUACCUCAAUCAAGUGGAAUUGUUUUAGAAGAACCUAGUAAAGAUACGACCGUAGUCAAUGACGUGAUAGAUCAAUCUAAAAUCUCGGAAACAAUCAGUGUACCUAAAUUUAGCGGAGCUGUCUUAGAAGAACCUAAUAAAGAUAAGACAAUAGUAAAUGAUGUGAUAAAACAACCAAUUGAUGAACAACGGUUAAUUGAUAAAGUUGUGAGGGGAGCUCCGACAGAAAAUGUGGGAGUCAAUGAUGUGAUGGAACAAUUAACAACAUUACAGGGAUCAGCGACAACCAAAAUUAGUUCAGAUAAUAACGUAGAAAGUCCAGCUGCAGAAAAAUCAACAUUAUCUGAUGCUACCUCAUUUACUGAAAGUCGUACUGAAACUGGAUCAAAUUUGGUACUUCCUGAUCAGAGUAAAGAAAAAGCAACAGUAGUAUCUGGAAAAUCGAGAGAACUAAUUGAUUUGAAAAUAAACACCAUAGCAAAAACUAAUGAUGGGCGUAACAUGAAUAAGAAAGAAAUUGCCGACAAAAAUAGUAUUAACAUAGGACCAAUAGAGCAGGCACACAAUAAUAACGAACCUGGUGGACUGUCUAUUCCAAUGCCAUUAGAAGACCUGCAUGCAAGUGUUGUACAAAGUGUUGCCAGAGAAGGACCAAUAGACCAAAAUAUUGCACAAGAAGUUGUAGUACAAAACACAGAGUUGCCUGUUCAACGCACAAACGAACAUGCAAAUACUAAUGUGAUCACUGACCCAGUAGAUAUAACCUUACCAGUUGAUGGUACUUCUGUACAUUUAGAAGAGAAGCUGUCUGAAAAAUCACCUUCAAAUGAUAAAAUAUCAGUGAAUGAAGGUGCCAGUUUGAAUGAGCAUGUCCCUAUAGCUAUUCAUGAUAAAGCAGCAACAAACAUUGUAGCAGUUUUAAACAGCACGACAGCAACUAAUAGUGAAGUAGUUUUGGAUAGCAAGACAGCAACAAACAUUGGAGCAGUUUUAGAUAGCAAGCCAGAAGCAAACACCGAAGCAGUUUUGGAUAGCAAGACAGCAACAAACAUUGGAGCAGUUGUAGAAAGCAAGGUAGCAACCACUGAUGUAGUUUUGGAUAGCAAGGCAUCAACAAACAAUGUAGCAGUUUUGAGUAGCAAUAAACCUGCAGAGACUCACGAAGUUUUCGAAAGCAAGGCGGAAACAAAUACUGAAGCAGUUGUGGAUAGCACGGCAGCAACAAACACGGAAGCAGUUUUAGAUAACAAGACAGCGACAACAACUAAAGCAGUUUUUGAUAGCAGGACAGCAAUAAACACAGAAGUAGAUUUGGAUAGCAAGGCACCAAUAAACACUGAAGCAGUUUUAUAUAACAAGGCAGCAACCCAAGAUGCAGUUUUGGAUAGCAAGGUACCAACAAACACUGAAACAUUUUCGGAUAGCAAAACAGCAACAAAAACUGAAGGAGUUUUGGAUAGCAGUGUAGCAACAAACGCUGAAGCAGUUUUAGAUAGCAAGGCAGUAACUACUGAUGCAAUUGUGGAUAGCAAGGCAUCAACGAACACUGAAACAGUUUUGGAUAGCAAUGCAGCAGCAAACACUGAAGCAGUUUUAGAAAGCAAAGUAGCAACCACUGAUGCAGUUUUUGAUAGCAAUGCACCAAUAAACACUGGAGCAGGUCUAGAUAGCAAGGCAGUAACUACUGAUGCAAUUGUGGAUAGCAAAGCAUCAACGAACACUGAAACAGUUUUGGAUAGCAAUGCAGCAGCAAACACUGAAGCAGUUUUAGAUAGCAAAGUAGCAACCACUGAUGCAGUUUUUGAUAGCAAUGCAGCAACCACUGCUGCAGUUAUAGAUAGAAAUGCAGCAACAAAAGCUGAUGUAGUUUUGGAUAGCAAUGCAGCAACAAACACCGAAGCAGUUUUAGAUGUCAAUGCAGCAAUAAAGACUGAAUCAGUUUUUGAUAGCAAGGCUAUUUCAAUCGAUCAGGCUACUGUUGAUUCUAAGGACAAAUCUUUCUUACAGACCGAUUCUUCUAACUUGAAUGAUCAAACUACACAGAGUGAACCUCUAAGAUCACUUGAUAUAUCAGCAAAUAAUGAAGUUUCAAUGUCCAAUAACCAGGCACAAAGUGCAUUACAAAACCUACAAACCAUGGAUGCAACAGUACCUGAAAGUAAGUUAACAAAGUCUCCAAAUGUUGAGGCUAUUAUUAUUCCAGCGACGUUCUAUGAGGACAAAGUUGACAUUUUAAAUCAACAGAUAGCAGAUGCUGACGUUAUACGUACAAAUGCGUUGGAUAAAUCUGAAAGUUCAUUUGUAAAUAAUUUGGGUCAAUCUGUUGAAUCUAAAACCGUAGAUUCAGGAAAAUCUGAUCUGCAUGGAGAUUCUAAAGGAGAACUCUCAGAUACGCUUGCUCUUUCACAAGUUGCUGAGAAGCAAUUCACAGAUAAGUCAGGCCCACUUAAAAGUUAUGAAACAAAAACUCUACAGACAUCAGAUCAACUCGCUGGUAAAGAAGGAGUGGUUGUAUAUAUGCCGAGACAAACACAAGCUGCUACCGGAACAGUUUUGGAUCAGCAAGAUACAUCUAUAUUAAUUAAAGAGGUGCCUGUGGUACAAUAUGAAGCAACAGAUGCAAUUUCUACAGUGUUAGAAACUUCAACGUUAGUUGACGGUAUUAUACCAUUCACAACGGAAAAGGAUAUUUCUGACAAAUCAUAUACCCAAACUACAAAGCUUGAAUCGACGAUCUUAAUGGAAACAACUGAAGGUAAACAGACAAUAUCUGAUCAGUCAACCAGCUUAAAAAUUAGUGACAAACUGGUCAAACCUGUUCCAAAAAAAAUGAUAAAAGAUACUACUGAUGGCGCACAGUCUAUACUGCAGACAAAGUUUUCUGAAGAGUUAUUGCAACAACAACCUCUAGUGGAAGGAUCUCCAUCAAUUAAUCAAACCAUGACAUCUAAAGAUGUCGAUGGGGUCGUUGUUAAAGAGUAUUCUUCAAAAGCAGUUGAAGGUCAGACUGAUUUAGUGUUUUCAGCAACGCCAGACAAAGUAGAUAUCAUCCCAGUGUCUCAUGAAACAAACACAGUUAAGAAGAUUGAUGAAACUCCACAGUAUGAAUUGAAAGGUCUUGCGAAUACAGAAAAGUAUGACCUGACAUUCGAAACAGCAAAAAAAACAGACACUACUGAACCUAUGGUAAAAACAACCUUAUCACCAUUUUUUGCUAGUGAAUCACCAUCUGUGCCAAUAAUGGAUGAACAAAAUACAAAAACUGAAUCAAUUAAAAUAGCAGACACUACUGAACCUGUUGUAAAAACUACCUUAUCACCAUUCAUUGCUAGUGAAGCACCAUCUGUGCCAAUUAUUGAUGAACAAAGUUUAAAAACUGAAUCAGCUAUAAUAGUAGACACUACUGAACCUGUUCUAAAAACCACCUUAUCACCAUUCAUUGCUAGUGAAGCACCAUCUGUGCCAAUAAUUGAUGAACAAAGUUUAAAAACUGAAUCAGCUAUAAUAGUAGACACUACUGAACCUGUUCUAAAAACUACCUUAUCACCAUUCAUUGCUAGUGAAUCAUCGUCUGUGCCAAUAAUGGAUGAACAAAAUAUAAAAACUGAAUCAGUUAAAAUAGCAGACACUACUGAAUCUGUUGUAAAAACUACCUUAUCACCAUUUAUUGCUAGUGAAGCACCAUCUGUGCCAAUAAUUGAUGAACAAAGUUUAAAAACUGAAUCAGCUAUAAUAGUAGACACUACUGAACCUGUUCUAAAAACUACCUUAUCACCAUUCAUUGCUAGUGAAGCACCAUCUGUGCCAAUAACUGAUGAACAAAGUUUAAAAACUGAAUCAGCUAUAAUUAUAAAAACUACCUUAUCACCAUUUAUUGCUAGUGAAGCACCAUCUGUGCCAAUAACUGAUGAACAAAGUUUAAAAACUGAAUCAGCUAUAAUUAUAAAAACUACCUUAUCACCAUUCAUUGCUAGUGAAGCACCAUCUGUGCCAAUAAUUGAUGAACAAAGUUUAAAAACUGAAUCAGCUAUAAUUAUAAAAACUACCUUAUCACCAUUUAUUGCUAGUGAAGCACCAUCUGUGCCAAUAAUUGAUGAACAAAGUUUAAAAAUUGAAUCAGGUAAAUUAGCACCAGAAACUAGACUAGUUGAGCAAAAGAAGGAAGUUGUCGAUUCAACGGCAACACAGCAAAAACAAAUCAACACAGUAUCACAAACAAAAGGAUCUGAGAAAGCAAAUAUAAAACAUGUCGAUCAAACACUUGAAAAUCCCGAUUUAAGUAUACAAGGUAAAGCAACUGAACAAAAAAUAACAAUUACAGAUCAAGCAGUAGUUGUUAAAGAUACAAUACAGACAAAAAAAACCGACAAAUUGCCCACUGAGACAAAAAUACUUUUACAAACGCUUGAACGAACUGGCAAACCAGCCACUGAAGUAACACAGAAAACUGCAAUGCCAAAAAGAUAUCUCGCUGAAACAGGACCUGAAAAAUCUCAACAACAACUAGGACUUGAAACAACCAACGUAAGAGCGACCGAAUCAAAACCUGUAAAAGAAUCAAGAGUAGCGUGGAGGAAAAAUGAACCAAUAAACGAGCUCUCAAGGGAUUUAUAUCACAGAAGUAUGCAGAUUCAUAAAAAAGCAGAUCACAUGAGCAAUAAAUUUGACAUUUCCAAGGGGGCUGAAGCAACAUUUGGUGUCAACAAAGACAGAAAACAAAAUCUAGUGCAACAAUAUGAACCAGAAAUGACGUCUCCAGCUUUAGAGACUUUAUGUGGCAAUAGUAUGUUUAUUGACGGAAUAGGUUAUGCCGAGUAUCCUGGGUAUUGUGAUAAAUUAGUUCAGUGUUACACAUAUCAGCGAAGAACUACUGCUGUGCAAAGAGAAUGUCCGUAUGGAUAUUUCUGGCACCAGGACCAAGUAUUAUGUCGACCGCCAGCGGAGGUUCCUUGCUAUGAUGAUCCAUGUUUGGAUAUAGAUAUGGUUCAAUACAACAGAACAGGUGGGUGUCGUUCUUACUAUCGCUGUGACUACGGUAUAUCCGUUCCUCAAUGUUGCGAGAAAGGUUUCCGUUAUGACAGCUAUGGAUGUGUACCAGACCCAACAUGCCGUGACCCCUGUAUGACUCCUUACGACCUUGAAAAUCGUAUGCGGUUUCAAUCAUGUAAAUUCUUGCCUGAUGAAUACAAUCCAUAUGGCUAUCUUACAAUGGAACAUAAUGGAUUAAGAAUUCGAGCUUGUCCAGAAGGAACAGUAUUCAGUGCAAGACAGUGUGGAUGUAGAUCAGGAAAUCGGCGCUCUGGUAGACGCAGAAUGAAAGAAUGUCAGCCAAAUUUUUACAUGAAUUUCAAUUACGGAUUUAAGGAGUUGUCAGGUUCUAACAUGGCGUUUGACGUACACAACGUUGUAAUCAAUGAUGGUGCUGCACAAUUCAAUGGAAACGGGCGCAUAACUCUGUGGGGAUUCAUGAAUAAAGAACUUGGAAAAAAAUUUGCCAUUCGAAUACGAUUCAAGCCAGAUCCAAAAGCAACAGGAAAAGGAAAUUUGAUUUCGAACUGCGGCAUGACUGGUACCGCAACAGUUGCAAUAGGAUUAGAAAAUCAUAAAGUGAAAUUAGUAGCUAAAAGUAACAGUUUUAGUAGAAGAACCAUUAUCAAUAGUCAUUUCGAUCCAUACUCUUGGAAUGACGUUACAUAUGUGUAUGAUGGUAACAGUUUUGUUGCUGCAAUAGACGGUUAUAGAUCUAGAAAGCCGUUGGGAGGUUUACUAGAAACAAGAUCAAAUGCUAUUGUAAUAGGCGGCUGUCCUAAACCUGGUUCAGGAUACAAAGGUUUAAUAGAUAGUAUUGAAGUAUUUAGUGGUUGUAUUCCAAGAAAUAUUUACAAACCUCGUAAACAACGGUGAAAUCCUUAAAACAUCUUUAACAGAGCUGGUUCUUUGUUAAUUUAUGUGAUAGAAUAGCAGUCGUAGGACCAACAGUUGAGCAGUUUUACGUAGAAUGACAUAAUGAUAUUUGAUUGAAUUUCAUAUGACAAGAAGGAGUGAAUUUGGAUUUUCCUGUUUUCUGAUUUUAACAACACUUAUUUCUGAAAAAAAAUGUCCCAUUCAGACUUAAGUUUAGCAUUUUAGCGAGCAGUAAUAGUCUGCAGGUAUAGAUUAUCAUAUAAGCACCUUUCGAUAUUUUUUUAAUAAUCACAUCAACUUAUAUGUCCACGCAAACUCUAUUUGGUGUAUGCCCAUCAAACGCUACAUAUAUCCGAAAGACCGCACUUUAUAUCGUGAACAAGCAAAUUUUAUUUUAUAUUGUUAUUUUAUAAUUAUAUUGUUGUUACUUCAUUUCUCAUUUUAAUCAUUUUUAUGCAAAUAAAACAGUAUUACAUGCCUAUUUUGGAUUUUACAUGUUUUUUUAUUGUUUAAUUAAUGUAUACUUGUGGUUUUAAUUAAAAUUCCACUUGUAUACGUUUAAAGCUCACGAUAUAAUGUUAAUCAGCGUUAAAUAGUCUGUAGGAUAACUUAAUUUACUGUCCCAUUCUACCUAGUUGUCACAUACAUGGCACGGUCAGAACGUUUGGUAGGAUGAAUCUUAUUCAUAUAAUUUUUCAUUCUCUGUUUUUCGUUAUAUGAAUCACAUUGUUUUAGUUCUAUAAUUAUAUUACGAUAUAUAUGCGAGAAAAUGAAGCGUUUAAUUAAGUAGUUUCUGUAGUGAUUAUUUAUUGACAUUGUAUUGUCCUAUAUUUGCUUUGUAAUUUGUCUAAAUAAAUUGUCGAAAUUGUUA